ACUAACCCCCAGCAUCACCUCGUCCAACACCCGUCGACGUACUACAUCAUGGCUGACGCACCACGCGGAGGAGCUGGUUUCGGAGGACGGGGAGGAGACAGAGGCCGUGGCCGUGGCCGUGGCCGUGGCCGUCGUGGCGGAGGCAAAUCCGAAGAGAAGGAAUGGCAGCCCGUCACCAAGCUUGGCCGUCUCGUCAAGGCCGGCAAGAUCAAGAGCAUGGAGGAGAUCUACCUCCACUCUCUCCCCAUCAAGGAGUACCAGAUCGUGGACUUCUUCCUUCCCAAGCUCAAGGAUGAGGUCAUGAAGAUCAAGCCCGUCCAGAAGCAGACCCGUGCCGGUCAACGUACUCGCUUCAAGGCCAUCGUUGUCAUUGGCGAUUCCGAGGGCCACAUUGGUCUCGGUAUUAAGACCUCCAAGGAAGUCGCGACCGCGAUUCGCGCCGCCAUCAUCAUCGCCAAGCUCAGCGUCGUCCCCAUCCGCCGUGGCUACUGGGGUACUAACCUCGGCGAGCCUCACUCGCUCCCCACCAAGGAAAGCGGCAAGUGCGGUUCCGUCACCGUCCGUCUUAUCCCCGCUCCCCGUGGUACCGGCCUCGUCGCCUCGCCCGCCGUCAAGCGUCUCUUGCAGCUCGCCGGUGUUCAGGACGUCUACACUGCCUCGUCCGGCUCCACCAAGACCCUCGAGAACACCCUCAAGGCUACCUUCGUGGCCGUCGCAAACACAUACGGUUUCCUUACGCCCAACCUGUGGAAGGAGACCAAGCUCCAGAGGAGCCCGUUGGAGGAGUACAGCGACGUUCUGCGCGAGGGCAAGAGGUACUAGGCGGAGGAGACGGUGCGAGGUGUUAAAGAUGGAUUCUUUUACUGCAUUCCCGGGCUUUUCAGGGGCGUGGAGUAGUGCAUUUGGGACCCUAUCUAUGUAACUAUCGGGAUAGGCUUGGGUCACCAGUAUGAAAAAUGACUUAACUUCAUGAUCAUGGAACUUGGCUAUGAUUUACCCGGAGAUGUGAGGUCAAUUCGCACGGAGCGUCCUAUGGAAUACCCCACGAUAUGAAGUGCAGUGUAUCUGCUCACCUAAACGCUACACAUCUGCCAGUGGUCACGCCUAUGGCGCAAAUCUACGUAAC